AUGGAUUUGCUAGAGAACAACUUCAACAAUUCAGCCGAAAGGCUUGAUAAGCCAUCACAGUACUUGAUACGAAAGGCGAGACAUAACUAUGCUGAACUCGAAAGAGCAAUGACAUCACGUACCGUGUAUGUUGGAAACUUGUCCCAUUUCACCACUGAGGAACAGAUCCAUGAAUUGUUUAUGAAAUGCGGAGCUAUUGACAAGAUCAUCAUGGGUUUAGAUCGAAAUAAAUUGACACCGUGUGGGUUUUGCUUUGUCAUUUAUAGAACAGAGCAAGGUGCACUCAAUGCCAUGAAAUAUUUGCAAUCUACCAUUCUUGAUAGUCAAAGUAUAUCAAUAGAUUUGGACCCUGGAUUCAGAGAAGGAAGGCAAUUUGGUAGAGGUAAACAUGGGGGUCAAGCUGCUCAAGAAGCUGCUAUUGCUGCAGCUAAUGGACAAGAAUAUGAAAGAGGAAACUUUAGAGGAAGAGGUCGCGGUGGCUACCGAGGAAGAGGAGGAUCUAGAGGGGGAUUUAGAGGUGGCUACAGAGGCAGAGGCAGAGGUAGUGGUCCUGGUAACAGUGGUGGGGAAUACAGGGGAGAGACAUCCGUUUACAUACCUUCCAAAGAUCCUUCCUACAAUGCAUCUGGUACGUUUAAUCCCAUGAUAUGA